AUGAACCCCGGGAAGAUCUCGGUCGUCGUUGCCCUAAUUCAAACGCGCGCGCUUUUCGUUCGCGCACAACCAAACGCGCGCCUCCCCGCCGUCGCCGCAGCACCCUCCGCGCUCGAUGCUUCCGACGACCCCGACGACCCCGCCCGCGCUCGGCGAGAAGCGCUCGCGCGCGCGCAAGACGCCGCACUCCGCGCCCGCGCGCGAGCGUCCGCGCUCGGGGACGAGCGUCCCCGCCGCGACCCCCCGCGGCGGCGCCCCGCGCGAGGUCGAAAAGGCAAAGACGAACGCGACGAAGAACGACGCCGCCGAGGAGGCGACGGAUCGUUUCGCCGCCGCGCUCGAGGCGCACGUCCUCGCGAAGCAAGACGUCGUGAUCGCGCUGGAAGAGUACACCGCCGCAAUCAAGGUGACCGCCCCGGCGCGCCGCGGCUCCUUCGCGCCCGUCUCUCUCGGUCGCGCGCGCUUCUCUUUUCGUUCAGUUUCUUUGCCAAAAGAAACCAAACCCUAACGCGCGCUCUCGCACCGCAGGAAGAGAAGAAGGCCUCUAACGCGCACGCGCGGGCGUUCAUCUCGAAGCGCGACUCCGUGGAGAUCGCGCGAUCCGCGGAACGGCGCGCGAGCGUCGGGAGUCCGACGACGCGAACGUCGAGCAGAGCGCUCAGGGAGAAAGAGACCGCAGCCGCCGCGAAAGAGAGCGUCGACGGAGUUCUCGCGCGGGCGACGCUGCGAAGGCAGGCCGCGACCGCGGCGCUCACCGCCGCGCAAGACCGCGAAUCGAUCCUCGCGCACGAGCGGUACGAGAUCACGUCCGUGGUGAACGAGGUCGCGGGUCACGCCGCGACGAGGGCGGCGGCGGCGUCGACGCCCUCGCCGUUCGCCGCCGCCGCCGCCGCCGCCGCCGACGCCGCCGCCGCCGCGGCUUCAGGCGCCGGCCGAGCGACCAGGCCCCGAUCGAGGCUCGGGACGCCGUUCGCGACGGCGGCGACGCCGUCGCCGUCCAAUCGCCCGAUCACGCGCUCGUACGUCGAGCGGAGGGCGACGGACGUAUCGCCUUUGUCGGAUUCCGCGAGCCCGCCGGCGACGAAGCGGCAGCUCGUGGCGACGGCGUCGGACGGCGGCGACGGUGAAGAGGACGACGGCGACGGGUUCGUCGCGCCGAGCGCGGAGGACGCCGCGGAGGCGGACGCGCUCGCGGACCUCUUCAAGAGCUCCGCUCGCAUUCCGUGA